AUGUCUUCUUCGUAUUCUGCACCCACUGUCUCUGUAACUGUCCUGUCAACAUGCACCGUUCAGCCUCACCAAAAAUCCACUCUCCCAGACCUUAAGCUCUCUAUCUCAGACCUUAACAUGCUCUGUUCUCACUACAUCCAAAAGGGAUGUCUCUUCACAACCCCUAAUCUAUCCUCUCAUGCUCUCAUCCCUCACCUCACCAACGCUCUUUCUCACACCCUCUCUCUCUUCCCCCCAUUCGCCGGCAGAUUAAAAACCCACGCCGAUGCCCAUGUUUACAUCACAUGCAACGACGCCGGCGUUCAUUUCAUCCACGCCAACGCCGCCAAUCUCACCGUCACCGACCUCCUCUCCCCACCCGAUGUUCCUCAAGCCUUUCACCAACUCUUCCCCUUCCACCGCAAAAUUAGUUACACUGCUCAUUUCUCCCCUAUCAUGGCCCUUCAGGUCACCGACCUCGCCGACGGCUUCUUUAUCGGCUGCGCCGUCUGUCACGCCGUCACCGACGGCGCUUCCUUCUGGAAUUUCUUCAACACCUUCGCCGAAAUCUCCAGGGGAUUCACGUGUCCCUCCAGGCUCCCGGAUUUCCUCCGGGAGUCCAUUCUGAUCUCCAAGGUUGUGCUCCGGUUGCCGGACGGUGACAUCAAGGUGACGUUCAACCCCGACGAGCCUCUUCGCGAGAGAAUCUUCAGCUUCAGCCGCGAAACGAUUCAGAAGCUGAAAGCCACGUUGAAUCGCCGGAAUUGGGGAGAGAACUUUGACGCUGCUGAGGUGAUGGCGAAGAUGAGCAGCGACACGCAACUGAAACCGGUUACGAGAAGCGUAACUGACGAAACAGUGGAGAUUUCGUCGUUUCAAUCGCUGUGCGCGCUGUUGUGGCGUUGUGUUACACGCGCGAGGAAUCUCCAGGGGACGAAAACGACGACGUUUAGAAUGGCGGUUAAUGUUCGCCAACGCAUGGAGCCCAAGUUGAGGGACAGUUAUUUCGGGAACGCAAUUCAGAGCACUGCCACGUGUGCAACAGUCGCUGACGUGGUGUCUAAGGAGCUGCGGUGGGUCGCGGAGGAGAUGAACAAAAGCGUCAGGGCGUACGAUAGCGCUAUGGUGCGCCGUGCCGUGGAGAAUUGGGAGCUGGAGCCGAAGUGCUUUGAGCUGGGGAACCACGACGGCGCCACCGUGCAGAUGGGAAGUUCGCCGAGAUUCCCAAUGUACGACAAUGAUUUUGGUUGGGGAAGGCCCUUGGCGGUGCGUAGCGGCGGUGCUAACAAGUUUGACGGCAAGAUUUCGGCGUUUCCCGGGAGGAAUGGCGGCGGGGCCGUGGACUUGGAGGUGGUUUUGGCGUCAGAAACGAUGGAGCGACUCGAGAAUGAUUCCGAGUUCAUGCUUUACGUGUCUGGUCAGUGA